UUCCUCCUCCUCCAUCCCUAACGCGCGCUCCGGCUAAGUCCUUCCCCUUUGACGCGCGCUCCCGCAAUCACUUCCGCUUUUAGGUACUUCCUGUACUCUCCCGCCGUGCUCCGCGCGGCUGGUCACAGGAAGCGGCAAGAUGUCUAGCUGGGAGCGGGAGAGCGCACGGGGUAGCUCCGGAGACGGGCGGAUCUAUGUGGGGAACCUGCCCGCCGACGUGCGGGAGAAGGAGCUGGAAGAGCUGUUCCACCGGUACGGGCGGAUCCGCAGCAUCGAGCUGAAGAAUCGCGGGGGCAGCAGCGCCGCACCGUUCGCCUUCAUCAGCUUCCAGGACCCGAGGGAUGCGGAGGACGCCGUGUUUGGACGCAACGGAUACGAGUUCGGCUCUGGCCGGUUACGUGUGGAGUUUCCCCGAUCUAACCGGGGGGCCGGGGCCGGCACCGGGGGCGGUUACGGCGGGCCACGUGGAAGGAACGGACCCCCCUCUCGGAGAUCAGAGUUCAGAGUCCUCGUCUCAGGUCUUCCUCCAUCAGGGAGCUGGCAAGAUCUGAAGGAUCAUAUGAGAGAAGCUGGAGAUGUUUGUUAUGCUGAUGUACACAAAGAUGGGAUGGGAAUAGUGGAGUUUAUUCGUAAAGAAGACAUGGAAUAUGCUUUGAGGAAAUUGGAUGACACUAAGUUUCGGUCUCAUGAGGGUGAAACCUCAUACAUUCGUGUCUGUGCUGAAAGAAAUACCAGCUACUCAAGAUCCAGAUCCCGUUCUAGAGGCCGUGAUUCUCCAUAUCAAAGUCGUCGCUCUCCCCGUUAUGCCUCCCCCUUCCGACAGUACUGAGUUGCCACGCAGGGACACUUUCUAUCAAUUUAAUUCGAAAGACCAUCUGCUCUUACAUUCCACAACUGAUGGAUUUCAUCAACUGUCUUUUAUACCAUUAUUUUCUGCCCGUACCUUUUUAUUUUAGGAAGUGUGUGCUGUUUGCAUCAGAUGUUUUUCAUUGUUUUAUUUUUAAGUUUUGUCAUCUUCAAGAAGGCAACAGACAGUAUUGUGCCUAAUCUGAUGUUGUUUGGAUAAGUGUGCAGUGAACAAUAGCUAUACGGGAUAUAACCAGGUGGAAUGUUGUGGCACUGGGACAAACCUAAGGGAAUGUUCAUGUUUAUCCUAUAUAUAGACCUACCCCCAUCAGUUUGUUAGAACAAUAUCAUUUGAAAUAACUUUUAAUCUUCAAUCAAGUUUGUAUGUGUUUCCCUUUAUUAUGAAAGUGUUUCAGUUAAAAUAAACAUCUGUAGCUGUCCUAAUAAAACUGAACUUUCCUA